AUGUCGACGACGGCGUUCAACUGGCGGACGACCCACAUUCUUGGCCCGGUGGUCAACAACAUCUACUCGCGGUCGCCCGUCAAUGCGCUCCAGGUGCGGGACGACCGCCUACUGGUGGGCUUCUCCGACUCGACCGUCCGUCUCUUCGACCGGGCUUCGGGCAUCCGGAUGUGGACGCUCGAGGGCCAUGGUGGGCCUGUCAACUGCCUCCACUCGUCCAAGACCCGCAUGGUGACAGGCUCGGACGACAAGAUGAUCAAGGUGUGGGAUAUGCGCGAGGGCCGAUGCCUCCUCACGCUUGAGGGCCACAUCGCGCCCGUGCUCUGCGUCCGCCUCUCAGACCGCCACAUCCUCUCGGGCGGCCGCGACCAUACCAUCAAGGUGUGGGACAAAUCGACCGGCUAUUGCCUCCGUACCCUCCGUGGCCACACCGGCCGCAUUGUUGACCUCCAGCUUGGCGCUGGCUCCGGCUCGCAGUUUUACACCUCGUCGACCGACGGGACUAUCAAGCUCUGGGACGUCCGCUCCGAAAACCGCAUCCGCUCGUACAAGGGCCACAAAAAGGCCAUUGUCUCGUUCCACCACGAAGAAGCCACUCUUAUUUCUGCUGCCGACGACGGAACCAUCAAGUCUUGGGACUGUGCCACCGGCAAGUGCUCGCUCACCUUGCGGGUCGGCUCGGAGCGGGAAAUCCCACAAUCCAUCCGCAUCCGCAACGAUCUGCUCUUCUGCGGCGAAGCCUCCGGGACCAUUCGCAUUCGCGAGGCCUCCACCGGCACGCCCGUCCGCUUGCUCGAGGGUCACGCUUCGCGUGUCGCCGCUCUCCAGGUCGAGGACUUUGAAAUCUGGUCUGGCUCGUCCGACUCGACUGUCCGCCGCUGGUCGACCGAAGAUGAGGUCCGCAUCUUGCUCGAGCGGAUGAAGACCGAAGAGUUUGAGGUUGUUGACAACUCUGUCCUCUCCUCGAACACCUUUACCGGCGACCUGACUUCGCCCGGCCCGGCAUCGCCGAGCGGCGGUGCGCCGAGCGGCGGUGCGCCGUCGUCUGCUGCCACCUCGUCAGUGGCACCGUCGGCCGUUGAUGCCGGCAGCUCAAGCUGUCGCGACUCGGGCAGCCUGGCGGCAGUGACCGUUCCAUCCUCCUCGAUGACGCCGCUCGCCUCGGGCCUCUCCACCACCUCGUUCUCCGCGGCGGGGCCGGGCUCGCCUGGUGGCGUGCUGGCGCCCGACGGGCCGCCAGGCCCCGCAGUUACACUCUCGUCUGCGCUCCAGGGCACGACCGUCGAGCCGGCCUGGGCUGUUGGCGAGUUCGUGGUAACCGACCUCGCGUCGGGUGACUCGCCCAUCCUCUGCUGCGCGCUCUCGCGCGACUACAUUGUUUACGGGACCGAGGAUGGUCAGAUUGUCAUUGCCGAUCGUGGCUCGCCGAGCUCGCGGCGGACAAAGAUGUGGACCUCGCCUAUCCGCGCCAUCUUUGUCGCCGCCAUCGGCGUCGGUUCGGGCGCUGACGACGGCUCGGUCGCGCUCUGGUCGUCCGGCUCGGGUACCGCCGUCUGGUCGGUCCAGCACCAUAUCGGCGCCGUCAACGCGCUGCAGACGAAUGGCAAGUUUGUGGCCUCAGGCUCACAGGACGGUUCGCUCAAGGUCAUGAACGCCGCCGACGGUAUCCUUGUCCACUCGCUCACCGACCACUCGGGCCCAGUCACCACCCUCCACUUUCUGGCCACCACCAUCGUGUCCGGCGCCGCCGACGGCAGCCUUGCCAUCUGGAACGCCACCUCGGGUGAGGUUGUCAAGGUUCUCUCCGGCCACAAGGGCGCAGUCACCGCGCUCGAGUUUGAUGACCUGGAGGUGCUCUCGGCCUCCGAGGACGGCACCAUUCGCGUGUGGGACGUGGCUACCGGCGAGUGCGUCCGUAUGUACUCGCUUGGCGAGGGCGAGGCCCGCAUUAACUGUCUUCAGUUUGACGAUUCGAAGAUUGUCCACGGUCUCGCCAAUGGUAACCUCGUGGUCCGCGAUAUGGAGACCGGCGAGUCGGUCCGUGUCCUCACUCGCCACUCUGAGUCGGUCACCGAUCUCGCGUACGACGCCAACGUUAUUGUCUCGGCUUCGCGCGACGCCUCGCUUCGAAUGUGGACCUUUACCGGCGCGCCUGCAGACUCGGGCGGCCUCGCCCGCAGCGACAUUGCUGACAAGGUCGAGGCUCGGAUGGGAGAGAUUAUGGCCCGUGCCGGCCCGUCAAGUGGCAAGCCGGGCGACAGCCUACGCGCCGGCGCCUCCGGCACCACCUACUCGCCGGGUACAAGCCCUGGCGGUGGUGGUACGCCCUCGUCGCUCGCUGUCAACUCAACCAGCAAGCAUCUCGAGCUCUCAGAGCUGGCCGAGUGGUCGCGGGCCGAGUGCAAGAAGCGGACUAUCAACCGCGGCAAGAACACUGCCAUCAACUGCCUGCACUUUACCGGCGACUCGUUGGUGACCGGUGGCUCAGACGGUGUCGCCAAGAUGUGGGACAUCAACACGGGCUCGCGGCUCAAGACCUUCCGCGGCCACCUCGGCGCCGUCAACUGCCUCCGCUUCUCUGGCGACACCCUUGUUUCUGGCGACGACCUGCACGUCCGGGUCUGGUCCAUGGCCUCCAACUCGUGCGUCGUCACCCUUGAUGGCCACGAGGGUCCCGUCCUCUCGCUCGGCUUCAACUCGGAAGUCAUCGUCUCGGGCUCCCGCGACCACACGCUCAAGGUCUGGGACCUUGAGACUGGCCGUCUGCUGCGAACGCUCAAGGGCCACAACGGCCGCAUCACCGACCUCGUCCUCCGCGACCAGAUGAUUGUCUCGGCCUCGACCGACGGCACGCUCAAGCUGUGGGACAUCAACACGUCGCAGCGGGUUCGCUCGUUCAAGGGCCACACGCAGGGCGUUAACUGCUGCUCGGUGGUCUCCACCUCGAUCGUUUCCGGCUCGGCAGACGCCUCGCUCCGCGUCUGGGACCUCGGCUCUGGAUCUACCAUCUCGGUCUUUGACCCCUCGGGCGCCAACGACGUCACUCACUGCCUCCAGGCUGACGAGCACAAGAUCAUCUGCGGCCGUCGCGAUGGCGUCCUCGCUGUCCGCACCCUCAUCGACGGCUCGGUCGUCCGCACCUGGGAUGCCCACACCCGUGCCAUCAACGCUGUCCAGUUCGACGAGACCCGUAUCGUCUCCGGUUCGGAAGACAAGACCGCCAAGGUCAUCGAGUUUGACGACAAGUCUGGCAAGAACAAGUCGUGCGUCAUCUCGUAG